CUGCUGACCAACAUCAUAGACAAGUUCAGUGGCGGCCCCGUGGGGCUGGAAACCCUGGCUGCGUCGCUGAGCGAGGAUUCUGACACGGUGAUGGAAGUCUGGGAGCCUUACCUGAUGCAAUUGGGGUUCCUGGAGCGUACACCCCGGGGCAGAAUCACCACAAGACGCGCUUACGAACACCUGGGCCGCGAACUGCCCGGGUCCCUGGAAGAUACUGACCAGGGGCGAUUCACGGGGUUUUAG